CCGAACCCCAAUUGGCACCUACUGCCCGCAGCCCCCGCAGCUCGCCUUUUGCAAUCUGAGGCUCUUCGGUCAAAGACGAGAUGGCGCUACCUGAGUACUGAGAACAAAAACUCUCUCUCUCUCUCUCUCCCUAUAUAUAUAUAUCUAUAUAUACAUACAGCUUCCUCUCUCUCUAUAUAGACAUCAAAACAACAACGCAGGCGGAUGAUCGAUGGCGCUGUCUCGGCUUCGACAUCCCGUGAUCUCUCGUGCCCCUUCUCUCUUCAAGGCCCGCCUCCUCUCCUCCACCACCACCACCUCCUCCAGAUCCCUCUCACGGUUGCAACAAAGUUUUGUUAAUGCUGGCGGUGCACUGUUAAGGGCUGCACCUUGCUCAGUGUUCUCUGGAGUUCAUGAUAGUUCUCCGAAGCUGAAGUUGACCAGUGUCAGAUAUUUCUCAUCUGCAGAGCCUCCUUUGCAUAUGGUCAUCGGAAUGCCAGCUUUGUCCCCAACAAUGACUCAAGGUAACAUUGCAAAAUGGAGGAAAAGAGAAGGAGAAAAGAUAGAAGUUGGUGAUGUGAUAUGUGAAAUAGAGACGGACAAAGCUACCCUUGAGUUUGAAUGUCUUGAAGAGGGGUAUAUGGCAAAGAUACUGGUACCUGAAGGUUCAAAGGAUGUGCCUGUGGGACAACCUAUUGCAAUUACGGUUGAGGAUGCAGACGAUAUCCAAAAUGUCCCUGCUACUGUCACUGGCAACUCAGAGGUCAAAGAAGAUAACUCAACUCCACAAAAUGAAGUCAGAGAACAAGAAGCAAGUUCUAUUAAGAUCAGGGCAUCUGAACUUCCUCCUCAUAUCAUUCUUGAGAUGCCUGCAUUAUCCCCAACAAUGAGCCAGGGAAACAUUGCUAAGUGGAUGAAAAAAGAAGGAGAUAAGAUUGGAGUGGGUGAUGUGUUAUGUGAGAUAGAGACUGACAAAGCUACCGUUGAAUUCGAAAGCCUUGAAGAAGGGUUUCUUGCUAAGAUACUGGUACCUGAAGGUUCAAAAGAUGUCUCUGUGGGACAACACAUUGCAAUAACUGUUGAGGAUCAAAAUGAUAUUGAAACUAUUAAGACUUCCGUUAGUGGUGGGUCGGAGGUGAAAGAGGAAAAGCCAACCCACCAUGAUACUAGAAGUGAAGCAAGAGAACAGAAAGCAAAUUUUAAUAGGAUCAGUCCUUCGGCAAAGCUGCUAAUUACAGAACAUGGAUUGGAUGCGUCAUUAAUAAUGGCAUCAGGUCCCCGUGGUACUCUAUUAAAAGGUGAUGUUUUAGCUGCAAUAAAGUCAGGGAAAGCAUCUCCAAAAACUUCGUCAAAGGAGAAGAUAUCUCAGACACCUCAAAUUCAUCCACAAACUUCACACUCAGCAUCACCUGAAUCCAAAUCCCACUUACAACAGCCAGAUUCUUAUGAAAACUUUCCCAAUAGUCAAAUCCGCAAGGUGAUAGCUAAGCGGUUGUUGGAAUCAAAACAAAAUACCCCUCAUUUGUAUCUAUCUUCAGAUGUUAUAUUGGAUCCGCUUCUAUCUUUCAGAAAGGAGCUCAAAGAGAAGCAUGAUGUUAAAGUCUCUGUUAAUGAUAUUAUCAUUAAAGCUGUUGCAAUCGCUCUGAGAAAUGUUCCAGAAGCAAAUGCUUACUGGGAUACUGAGAAAGGUGAAGUUGUUCUAUUGGAUUCUGUUGACAUAUCAAUUGCAGUUGCCACUGAGAAGGGAUUGAUGACUCCUAUCGUGAGAAAUGCAGAUCAGAAAACUAUAUCAUCGAUCUCCUUGGAGAUCAAGGAACUAGCUUCAAGGGCACGAGCAGGGAAGCUUACUCCCAACGAGUUUCAAGGUGGCACUUUCAGCAUUUCGAACCUUGGAAUGUUUCCAGUGGACCAUUUUUGUGCAAUAAUAAACCCCCCACAGGCAUGUAUUCUUGCUGUUGGUAGGGGCAACCAAGUUGUGGAACCAGUUUUUGGAACUGAUGGAAUCGAGAAGCCUGCAGUUGUCACAAAAAUGAAUUUGACAUUAUCCGCUGAUCAUCGUGUUUUUGAUGGCAAAGUUGGAGGUUCUUUCAUCGCGGAUUUACGUUUGAACUUCAGCGAUAUGCGAAGACUUCUUUUGUAAUAAAAUGAGAUUAGCCAUGAAAUUUGUAGAGAACAACAAUAAUGAAUGGGGUAUCUUCUUCAGACCUGAUUGGGAUUUCUCCAAGCUUAAGCAUUUUUGUCUCCAGCGCAUAUAUGGCAAAAGCGCGUUGUGUUUUUUGCGCCCUGUUGAUUGUUUAUUUUCUGAAAUUCAUUGGGUCCGACCUGUUUCAAGGGCGGGCCAAGUUUUAAAUGAAACAAUUGAAUUUAGGGUUUGCUGAUAUUUGAGUACUGUUUUCUCUGAUGUUUUAAUAUCUUCUUCUGAAAUGCCCUGUUCAGUGGAUAAUAAUGAAAUGAAAAUCUCCAUUUUAAUCAUGAAAUGAAGAUGGUGUGGAUUUGGCUUCAAA